CCAAACAAGCAAAUGCACAAGACAAGCGCUUUGCAGCAGCCAGCCCACCGCGCAGGUGCGCGACUUGCCCCGCCCCCUCGCCAGGAGGAGCCAUUGCGCGUGCGCGAAUCAAGCGCGGGCUUUUCUGUAGCGGCGCUAUGGGCGAGGCCUACACGCCGGUGGAGACUGGGCUCGGGACCGAGGAGAGUUUCCUCUCUCUGGCAGACAUCCUCAUGUCGCAAGAGAGGCUGCCGUGCCGCGCGGAGAUCAAACUGCCUCGCCUUGCCACCGUCUUGGGUAAAGCGGCCACUGCCUCCGCCUCCUCAGACAACGCACUCCCUGAGGGCUCAAAGCUGGAAAUCCCCCUCUGGCUGGCCAAAGGCUUAUAUGACAACAAACGGAGGAUCCUUUCUGUGGAAUUGCCAAAGAUUUACAAGGAGAGUUGGCGGACGGUGUUAAGUGCAGAUGCCAAUGUGGUUGACCUGCAUAAAUUGGGGCCGUACUACUAUGGAUUUGGCUCCCAGCUGCUGAAUUUUGACAGUCCUGAAAAUACUGAACUAGCUCAGACUAUAUUGCAGACAUUUAUUGGCCGAUUCCGUCGCAUCAUGGACUCUUCCCAGAAUGCCUUCAAUGAGGACACGUCUGUGCUGGUGGCCCGUCUGGAUGAGUUGGAACGAGCCUUAUUUCAAGCAGGCCAGAAAGGACUUAAUGACUUCCAGUGCUGGGAAAAGGGUCAGGCCUCCCAGAUCACAGCAUCCAGCCUAAUCCAGAAUUACAAGAAGAGAAAAUUUUCUGACUUGGACAGCUGAGUUCAUGAAGGGCAUAGUUGACACUUCCAUGGCAAGAGACAAAAGAGGAUAUGAUGUUCAUCUUAUGAAUUGAAAACCUCCCUGGUAACAUCUUGAGAUUGAACUAGAGCAUAUUUCUGAGGAAUGUUGGCUAACACUGUGUGGCCUGCACCCGUCCACUCACUCUUCUAAGGACGUACAAGAUUAUUCUGGGUUUGUGUCUGAAUGGAUACCAUCAAUUAGAACAAAUCUUAUAGCGGAAUAAUUAACAUUUUAUUCAAUCUAAUGCAGCUAUGUUUUAAUCUUUCAAGUGAUGACUCUAGAAAUGCAGGGCAAAAGGAUGAACAAUUCUCAGGCAAAUGAGUUUGCCCUCAGAAAUCAUCAUUGGAAUAUUUGUACAUAGUCUACCAGGUUAUUUUGUCUUGUCUUGCCUUUGCUUUUAUUUGCUAGAAAAGUGAUCUUUCUUAGGGAGAAAAGGCAGCUCCGAUAUAUUUUAAUGUGCCUCUUGGUGCCUGCCCAUUGCAAGACUUCCUGUCCAAGGGUCUUAGCUACUCUACUGAAUCUUAAUUUAGUGGGCAGCUUUUCCAGUCGUUUGAAAUGCAGUUUUCUGAAUGCAGUUGGGAUCUUUUAACUGAGAAUUCUCAGCACUCACAAAACUGCUUCUACAAUUUAUUGGAGGAAGCUGUGGCACUUAAAUAGCUUAUGCUUUUAAUCUAAAUGACAUUUUAUCUUGCUUCCAUUGUGUAUUGCUUAUUUUGGCAGAGGGAGGAAUAAAUGCCCCAUACCUGCCCCCUAUUUCUCUGCGCCUUUGCUGCAGACUCAGAUUGACAACCCAUGUGCCCCUCUGUACCAUCUCCCUGGCAUGGAUUUCCCUACUUUCCAGGAAAGUAUAUGCUCUCUUCAACAUCCUUGGUCUUGGGAAUCUCCAGGUUUUCCAGAUUUUGCAUUCUGGGUUCUGUUCCAUCUUUAACAGCAUAAUUUCAGUGUAGGUGAAAAUUAGUAAUCUGCUGUUUACCCUUUUACAAUUUGUUUAGCAUUGCAUUAUAAAUAAAACUCAUUUUAGCAAAGCAAGCCUAUCUAUACCUGUCUAUUGAGGCUGAAUCGUUCAGAUCUAUUAGUAUGGCUUCAUAGUUGCACAAGCCCAGAGUGGCCCUAUCAGAACUGCCCCUGCUGAUGUAACUCUUCCUUGUUGUGGGCUUAAGCACAUGUUUAAGUUGCACUCCUCAUACACUAUGAUGGAAUAGAGGCAGAUUUCAGUUGGAUUCCUGCCUGCUUCCCCACAACUGAUUGUCCUCUUUUUCUGCUGAUGGGGGACAACAGGAGUAUAUUUUUCAUCUCUUGCCAUAUGGCCAGUGCUUGCCACAUCCUUCUAGCAUUUCUCAACCUCUUCCUGGGCAAGGCCCUAUAUUUUUAGAAGUACACAACAAGAAAAGGUUUGAUGUUGAUACUUCUCAGUUAGUUCUUCUAGGCUGAACUCAGCAUUUUGUGUCUGUCAUUUGAGCUGUUACUUGCUCUACAUUUUGCUCCGUCUGUCACCUGUGUUUGAUCAGGCAUUCGGAGUCCGACCAGGCCAUCUGCGACUCAUUUUUCUCAGAGGAGGCAACGCAUGAAGAUGGACAUUGGGAGAACAUUAUGUUUGCACCUGUGUGCAGGGCCAGAAAUUAAUUAAUGUUGAAAAGUCAUCUAGAAAUUAAAACGCUGAAUGCUGGAACCUCUGCAUUAAAGGUUCAGUGUACAUUGUGGGCUUCCUGGGGAGACAGUUUCAAAAUGCCACCUCUUGAUUUUGCACACACCUCCUGGUUUUUACUACCAGAACUGGCCUUUGAAGGUGUUUGUAGUUACGCACACUCAAAAGCACCCUUCCCUAACCUGCCCUCCAGCUGUUUUUUACACAACUCCCAUGAACCUGUACCUGUCCCAGGCCACACCCCCACUGGCAGCCCAUUGGCCUGCCAGGCAGAGGUGGGCCAAAGAUACCCUGUUACCAGGUGGGUGGCACCCGGCCAGGUAAGCCCCGCACAGGGUCGCAAACUCCGCGCACCUGUUGGGAGGGGGUGAGCGGGAAUUUGUACACAACUCCCACUAGCCGCAGUUAGGCCAUGAUGGAGUGUUCCAGGUUAGGAAAGAUAGCUCCAAAGCAAUUACUUUGAAUAAAUUAUUUCAUUUCAGCACUGGCACAUUAACAACUCUAUUCCUCUUAGCAGGAGGAAAGACGCAAAGAAUAUAAGCAAAGCACCGUUCUUGCUGGACACAAAAUUUCAGGUACAUGCCUAAAUGUUUUAAGACUAAGAAUGCUUUUGCCUUUCAAAAGAAUCUGAUUUAUUGAUUUGUUAAUUGAAUUUGAUUGAACUUAAAUGUUAGCAUGGGUGCUUUUUUGAGAUACUGAAGAAAGGUAUUUUUUUUCUUUUAAU